AUGAGUGAAAAUUUUCAAAUUGCUCCGUGGUAUAACAUCAAAGAGUGGCAUGAAGUCUAUGAAGACCUAUACGGGCUUACCUCAACUUUUGCUACAAAACAAAAGGCUUUGGACUGUUUACUCAUAUGGAAAGCAAGAUGUCCUUCUUUGCCAUCUGGAGUGGAGUCGACACUGACUCUGCUUGAAGUACAUCUACAGGAUAAAAGUAGUUUAAUUCAAUUGCACAGCGAUCACCUAAUUCGUCUUGCCUACUCCUCGGCACUAAUGCGUUUUGUGAACCAUAUGCUAGACACACAGACAGCUAAGGGACAGAGUUUAUUUCAGGCUGCAAAAAAUUUAAAUAUCCCGGAAUGGAUAAUAGAUAUGCGGCAUGACACCGCUCAUGGUAAUAAGCUCCCUCAGAUUGAGUUAUUACGAGAAGCCUGUACAUUAAGUUUGGUAUGGCUUAAAAAUUAUUAUUGGGAUAAACAUAAAGAAUAUAUUGGAGAUUAUAUUGUAGGUCAAGUGGCAAUGCAAAGGAAUGAAAGGGAAAACAAAAUUGAAGCACUUAUAAACUUUUGUGUAUCUCUGAGUAUUUGUUCACAUCCAGGAUGCAAUGUUAGGACCAUUGCUGAUGUACCCGAUGCCACUCUGAGAGAAUCUUUAGUGAAUGAUGCAAAAGAAAUUAUAGGUGAUAGUUUUGACUAUUCCAACUUAAAAACUAUCACAAUAAAAAAUCUACAUCAUUUCCUAACACCUACAGUAAAGAAAAUACUUUAUCAUGACUCAGCCUGUACUUAUGUCAAUAAGAUAUUAUUGUCUGAAAAUUCUCUGUUUUUGUCAUUAGAACUAUAUGUCCUACUUGAUAAAUAUAAUUACCGACUGAAAAAACACCUCAAUAAAGCCUUUGUUCAAUGUUUUGAAAUGCUUCUACAAUUUCUCCAUACUUAUGAUUUGCUACAAGAUUUCUUACUUGAAUUAAUAAAGAGAGUACAAAGUAAUGAAAUGUGUGAUAAGAGACGAAAACUGGCUGCCCUUUGGGUGUCAGUUAUAUUGAAGGCUUUAGGAAAAGUUCAACUAUUUCAAGAACAGGUUAUGAAGAAAGCUUCAAAGGAAUCAACAUCUAGAUCAAAAGACUUAAAAUCUCUAUUUUAUCACUGGUUUCCAAAUGAAAGGAACUGUCACCUAUUACUAGAUUUAAACAAACCAGUGCCGAAGGAUUUGACAAAUAUAAACUUUAUUCAACCUAUAAUUUCUACAUACAAUGAAUAUCUAACAUGUUUCAUCAAGGAUCUCUUGAAUUUAGUGAGACCCCAAUUACCCCAACCAGUUGUUAUUAAGCUAUGUGAAUUAGCGAAAGCAAUAUCAUCACCAAAGAAAAUCAAAAGACCCUCUAAAAUAUACACAGUAGAUGAUAUCAAUUUGAAUGGUGAUACAAUGAAAGAUGAUUGUGUUAUUGUGAUUGAUGACAACCCUAAGGAUGUUGUAGAAGAAAUCAUAGAAGUUAAACCAAAAUGUGUUAAUAAACAGAAAUAUGGAGUUUUUAAUUUAGCUUCUCAUGAACAUGCUUGGUCAAAUUGCCCAAUAGGUUUAUUGCCGUGGCAACAAACACCAGCUGAGCAAAUGGAUGUAGAUAUAAAUUAA